ACUCGAGUUGAGAGCGAGUGUCUUUUCUCUCUCGUUCUUGUUCUCGUUCUUCUUCAUUAUCAUCAUCCUUUGAUCAACUUGCUCUGCUCCUCACACAGCACAGAAGAACAUCCAUGGUGUCCAAACCUACCGACUCUGCUCCCAAACUUCGAAAACAAUAUGGGGAGUCAGCAAAUGAUGCUGUUGGAACCUUGUCCAUCAAGAUAAAUCAGUUGAAAAAGCAAAUCCAGGCGGAGAGAAUUGUAUCAAUUAAAGAAAAACUUCAGAGGAAUGAGAAGAAGCUACAAUGUCAUAUUUCAGGGGUCAUGUCAGCAAUAUCAGUAGGAGACUCUUCAAAGACGGAGGAAAAUAGGAAAACUCCAAUGCUUUCUUCAAGAAUUGACCAUCCUUUAUGCAUAUUCAGUGGUUUCUCUCAAGUUUCAGGAGACAAAGACCACAGCAAUCAAGACGUUUUAUCUGCUACAAGUGUCAAGAUUCCAUGUAUUGAAAGAUUGCCACCAUAUACAUCUUGGAUAUUUUUGGACAGAAAUCAGAGGAUGGCCGAAGACCAGUCAGUUGUUGGAAGAAGACGUAUCUACUAUGAUCAACAUGGAAGUGAAGCACUGAUAUGUAGUGACAGUGAGGAAGAGUCAACAGAACCUGAAGAAGAAAAACAUGAAUUUUCUGAGGCUGAGGACCGUGUUCUAUGGAUGGCAUUUGAGGAAUAUGGGUUAAAUGACGAGGUACUGAAUAUUGUUAGCCAGUUUGUUGGGGGCACCAGUCUAGAAAUUCAGGAGAGAUACAAAAGUAUCAAGGAAAAGAAUAUUGGUAGGUUGGACCAGUAUUCAGAAGGCUCAGGAGAAUAUGAAUCUCCAAUUGGCAUAUGUCCAGGGAAAAGCCUGGGUGCUGCAUUAGAUUCUUUUGAUAACCUUUUCUGUCGCCGGUGCCUGCAGAUUUUUGACUGUCGCCUGCAUGGCUGUUCUCAACCUUUAACAUAUCCUAGUGAAAAGCAGACAGUUUGGUCUGAGCCUGAAGGUGACAGGAAACCAUGCAGUGAUCAGUGUUACCUUCAGCCGCAAGUCAUACACAAAAAAAGGAUAGGAGUUGGGAACGGAUACAACAUGCAGUACUCAGUCGUAGCCACACCAGAGAGCACACAAAAUGGAAGAAUAAAGCAUGGGCAGUUAAAGGUUGUCAAACGUUUGUCAGAAGAUUCAACUCCUGGGUCUUUUCAGGAUAAGAAAACUGCAAUUAUGGAAGAGGAAGAUGGGAUAUUGGCAACCUCUGGUGCAGCAGAACCUGGUAAUCAGAGUACUACACCUUUUCUGACAGAAGCUGAUUGUCAUGGAGAUAUCAAUUUAAAUGUUCCUGUCUCAGAAAGUGUGGGGAAACGAAAGGUCACAGAUCAGUCAGACACAGCACUAUGUGACUCAACAUUGCCUCCUGAUGAUUCUCAGAAUUCUUGGAAAAAGCUGAAGAGAAUCUCAGAUGAUGUAGUUACUGUAAUUAAUGAUCAUAGCAAGAACCUAAAUUUGGGUGCAUGUGAUGAAAGUAAACACACAAUUACUUGUGCACCUUUGGACAAAUCUGUUGAACAUGCUUCAAAUAAAUUAGUAGUUUCUUCUAGCACUUGCCAUGGUGAGCAAGAUAAAAGUGAUGGGGAUGGACCAAAAGAUGUCACAAAUGAGACAGAAUUUAAGAAGUUUUCCAAUUCAAUGGAAGGGCAAGUUGAUGGGAUGUUAGGUCUCUCGGAUUGGAAACCUCUAGAGAAAGAAUUAUACUUGAAGGGUGUAGAAAUGUUUGGCAGAAACAGUUGCCUCAUAGCAAGGAACUUACUUUCUGGCUUGAAGACUUGCAUGGAAAUUGCUAGUUAUAUGCAUGCUGGAGGAGUGUCACUGCCCCACAGAUCUAUUGUUGCACCGAGUUCAAUCAUAGACGACAAGGGGAAAAUUGAUGCAGAGUGUACAGACCAAGAGAUGUCAUCUAGGUCCCGGUUCUUGAGGAAAAGGGGCAAAACAAGGAAGUUUAAAUAUUCUUGGAAGUCUGCUGGCCACCCAUCAAUAUGGAAAAGAAUUGCUGAUGGAAAAAACCAAUCUUGCAAGCAGUAUACACCAUGUGGAUGUCAGCCAAUGUGUGGAAAGGAAUGUCCUUGUGUUAAUGGAGGAACUUGCUGUGAAAAAUAUUGUGGUUGUUCAAAGAGCUGCAAAAACCGAUUCAGAGGAUGUCAUUGUGCCAAGAGUCAAUGCAGAAGUCGACAAUGCCCAUGCUUUGCUGCUGGACGUGAAUGUGACCCAGAUGUCUGCCGAAAUUGCUGGGUUAGUUGCGGAGAUGGUUCGUUAGGGGAGCCACCUCGGCGUGGAGAGGGUCAAUGUGGAAAUAUGAGGCUUCUUUUAAGGCAACAACAGAGGAUUCUCUUGGCAAAAUCUGAUGUUGCAGGAUGGGGAGCCUUUUUGAAGAACCCAGUUAACAAAAAUGACUACCUUGGAGAGUACACAGGUGAACUGAUCUCCCACCGAGAAGCCGAUAAGCGUGGGAAAAUAUAUGAUCGUGCAAACUCUUCUUUUCUUUUUGACUUGAAUGAUCAGUACGUUCUUGAUGCUUAUCGCAAAGGAGACAAGUUGAAAUUUGCGAACCACUCAUCAAACCCCAACUGCUAUGCAAAGGUGAUGCUGGUUGCUGGAGAUCACAGAGUAGGCAUAUUCGCCAAGGAACAUAUUGAUGCUAGUGAGGAGCUAUUCUAUGAUUAUCGUUAUGGUCCAGAUCAAGCACCCCCAUGGGCUCGUAAGCCUGAGGGUUCUAAGAGAGACGAAUCAGCAGUUUCUCAAGGCAGAGCAAAGAAACAUCAAUCACAUUGAUGAGCCACGGCCAAGGUCCAGCAUGUACAAAUUUUUGGCUUCUACCAUUAUAUUUCUCUACAGAGACAAACUCGUAACAUCCUAUGGGAAAGAGUUAGCAACUGUCCCGAGGAAGGAAACAAAUAAUUGUUAUGCAGAUGCUAAUAUGCCUCAAAUUAUGAAUAUAACAUAGAUAAACAAUAAAUUGGGCAAGAGAUGAAGCAAAUCAAUGUGGAGGGCAAUAAGCUAGAAAUUAUACUAGCGGUUGGGGACAAAAGUAUAGAAUUUUGUUUCGGAUGCUUGGCAUAUUUAUUUUUCCACGCACUUAAGCUAAUUUGACAAUUUUUUUCAUGAAUAAGAUUUAAAUCUUGCUGAUA